CCGUCACCGACCGCGUUGCAGAAAUCCCAUUUCCAAGUUUCCCAAAUCCGCAGUGGUGGAUCCCUGUAUGUCUUACCCCGGUUCAGGGUGACAUAUGCUUCUAUUGAAUCAUUGGAUUUCUAAGUCAUUGCAACGAGGAAGCUAGUCUGAUUGAGUGACGGUGUUGCAUCACCGCCCGUGCUUUUCUUCAUUAAGACUUAAUUUCAGCGGAAAAAUUAUAUAUCUCCUCAACUCCGGAUUCUCAAGUCCAGAACUCUCCAUCUUAAAGGCAACCAUACGAAAAUGUUGUCGGUCAACAUCCCUACCUACUCGAAACCAUCCGGCUACCAGCUUUCUGAACUCCCGAAGCCGGAAAUUCAGGACCCGAAAGAUGUUCUUAUCAAAGUUCAUGCUGCCAGUAUAAAUCCGAUCGAUGUGAAAAAGGCCGAGGGUAUGUUAAAGUUUGUGCAGAAAGACGCGUUCCCAUAUAAGAUUGGCUAUGAUUGCGCCGGUACAGUCGCCGAGGUUGGAGCAGGUGUGACGCGGUUCAAAGUCGGAGACGCAGUCUACGUUAGAUUACCGGAAACAUGUCGAGGCUCGUGGAGUGAGUAUGCCAAAUGUGCAGAGGAAUACAUCGCUCUCAAGCCACCGUUGUUGUCGUUUGAGAGCGCAGCGUCGAUUCCAUUAGCGGGAAUGACGGCUCUUCAGGCGCUGAGAAAAUAUGAUGGCGAUCUUUCUGGGAAGACUGUCUUUGUACCGGCUGGAUUGAGCGGGACCGGUCUAUACGCCUGCCAACUUGCAAAACACGUUUUUAAUGCCGGGAAGGUGAUCACGACCGUCUCGACAUCGAAAGUUGCCAAGGUGGACGAACUCUUAGGAAAGGGAACCGUCGAUCAGAUAAUCGACUACAAGAAGGUCGACCCAAAGACUGCGAUCGAGCACGGUACUGUUGAUUUCUUGUUCGACACAGCAGGUGUCGCCAUGGAAUACCUUUGUUUGAUGCGACCAAAGACCAGUUGGAUUGUGUCUAUUGCAACAUCCCCUUCAGGAAACCAGCUGCAGGAUUUUCUUGAAGGCCGCAACUCUGUCCCAAUAUAUGUCAGACUCGUACUGAAUUUGCUGGAUUCCAUCCGCAAGAUGCGCGCUCGACGCUACGGUGUUAGCUUUACAUACAUGUUCCUGCAUGAGAAUGGCAAGGACUUGGACGCGAUGCGGGAAUAUGUUGAGGAUGGUAAAUUAAAGGCGGUCGUCGGGACUACAGUGGAUAUGUCCGAUAUUCAGGCCGUGCGAGCCGCCUGUCAGGUUGUAUACAGCAACCAGGGAGGCCUUGGAAAGGCUGUGAUCAAGGUUGCUCCGUCUGAGAAUUGACCAUGAGUACUUGCGAUGUCUUCAAGAAGACCCAGAGGCGCUGAUGGUACCUCCUUUGAAAAUAUGUUGUGGUGGAGUGGCUUUGCUUUUGUCUUGAUUUAUACAUUUUGUGACUUUAGCUAACUUGUGGACUACUCUAAUUUCAUAAUAUACUAGUAGGUAGUAACGUACC